AUGUUCAAGAUUAUCUCAUCAGUACUUUUAGUAAUUUUCGUUUCCUCGAUUCUUUUUUCAACUGUUGAUGCAGGAAUCACCAAUGUAACCCAAGUAGACAAGUCAUUUGUUAUCGAAUUUACACCAAACAAUAUGAUUUGGACAGCUCAACAAACAAGAAACAAGGGUAUGACCACCAAUAUUAUGUCAUACUGUACCCAAGAUGGAUCAUCUCCAAUGUUUUGCAAUCUUCCAUCAGUUCCAGCAUGUGAUACCAUUCGUCUUGUUGGUAUUAAUGGAAUUGGAAUUGGAACAACUUCAAUGCUUUUCCCAUUCAACUGCACUGUUGUUGCUUAA